CCAGCGUUGCUGCAAUCUCGUUUCCAUAAGAUCGCAACAUUCUUCUUAAUAUUACUGAACGUUUGCUUUGCUGUGGACUUCCAAGAGAGAUGGAGACUUUCCACUGCGCCAUUUGCCAGUUUGAAGCGCCGUUUAAGCAUUUUGGUGCAAGCUUGCCAGUCGAUGCGAUGCAUUCGGACGCUGGCGCGCCCGGCGGAGGCGCAUGCAGAGUUGCGUUUUUGGAGCAAGGCUGGCUCGCCGUGGACCCGUUCUCGGUCAAGGCGCGGCCGCUCCUGCUGGGUGCCCCGUGCAGUCUUUGCCAGCGGCCGGUGUGUGUCGCGGACGCCUGCAGUGUGUUCUACGCCAAGCGAUUUUGCCUGCACUGCGCCAGAGCCAACGCCGCCGCCUUCCCCCCCGCUGUGCAUAAGGCGGCGCCAGCCAUCUUCGGUGCUGCGGCAGCCGCAGGCGGCGGCGGCGGUGGCGGCCUGCCAGGUGGCGGGGCUGCGGGCGGACAGCGACCGUCUGCGGCGGCUCCCAGCGGCUCCUGAGGACGCACGGGUCCAGCCUCUAGGCUGCUACUGCUGCUGCCGCGGCGGCGGCGGCUGUCCUUGGGAAGGGCCUGGCGGCCCCGGUGCCCGGAUCCCCGCAGUAACGGGUUGCGCCUGGGCAUCAGAGCCGAGGAGCGGCGCAGCGCAAUGGCAGCGGGUGCGCCGUGGCAUGACACGGCACUCAUGCACGUGGUGAUGGCGACGGCGUGCAGCAGCCCAGCCGGGCAUUGCCGGAUUGCCGGAUCGCCCUCUGUACUGGCCUGCAGCCAGGAUCAUGUGAGGCGCGGGGCAGCCAUGAAUGCGACACUACAAGAAGGGACAGCCCGACAGCCAUGCCCUCCACCCGCCACCGUGGCGCGCCAGGUCCGCCUCUCGCGCUUCCCGCAGCACAAAGGCCUACCUAUCCCACCGGGGGCCGUGCCGCGCUGGAUGUGAUGGAUCUUCUGGCCAAGUGUCUGGCUGUUGCGCUGUCUGGCGGACUGGGCUUGGCUUGACUUGAGUUGAUUGGCCUGGGUGGCUGUGUGUUUGGCCGGUGGCGGUCGCAAAGGCCCGGGAAU